AUGACUUCAAAAGAACAGUGUUCAGCCGAUUACAUUGAAUUAUCGAUAAACGAAAAUAAUGAUAGCGAUGAACCACCGGAUAGUAACAAUCACAAACAAGAGCAAGAUUGCCAGCCUACAACUGCUUUAUUGACAGACCAGGACAACAGCAGCGAAGAAGAUUUCAUCAUUUAUGAGUCUGGAAGAAGUAAAGCAACCGCUCCGAAACAUGAGAACUCACUCGCUAUCCAGGCAUUGCCAUCCUUGAUCAUCUCUGUCAUUGGCCUCGUCUUUGCUGGUGAUUUGAUGGACGAGUUCCAGCAUUGGGAUGUCUUUUUGAAGACAACAGAACUCUUUAUUCUCUUGCCUAUUCUCCUCAAUCUCAAGGGCAAUUUGGAAAUGAAUCUUGCUGCUCGGUUCUCAACUUCAUCCAAUCUAGGCGAGCUUGACUAUGGACCUACUCGAAGAUCUCUGAUCGUGGGCAAUCUUGCGCUGCUUCAAGUGCAAUCUCUUGUUGCAGGUGCUAUUGCAGGUGUCGCAUCAUUUGCUCUUGGAUUGAUCACCAAACCAGGCAGCAGCACCAGCUAUUAUGAAAUGAUGUUUAUGACAUCGAGUGCCAUGGUAUCUGCUUCCUUCUCUGCUGGUAUUUUGGGCAUAUUUAUGUGUGCGCUUAUCCUUAUAUGCAGAAGAUUCGAUGUUGAUCCCGAUAACAUUGCUUGUCCUAUGGCAUCUUCUACAGGAGAUAUUGUAACAUUGGUCUUGCUGGCCACAUGUGCUACCAUAUUACAAAAUGAAAUGGAGAGUAUUCUUAGCACCAUUAUCUUUAUCAUUAUGCUGGCCAUGAUACCCUUCUUUGGAUUCAUUGUUUGGAGGAACACGCAUGUCAAAGAUAUGCUGUUUGCUGGAUGGACCCCUAUCAUUCUGGCCAUGAUGAUUUCGAGCUUGGCUGGUAUCUUGUUAGAAGCCUACGUGGAACAAUACAAGGGCGUGGCUUUGCUUACACCAGUGUUGAUCGGGUUGGCUGGUAAUUUAGGUUCCAUCUAUGCCUCGCGUAUUAGCACAUGUUUGCAUGCCGAAACCAAAGAGAACUACAAGGCGGUAGAAUAUACCUUGUUAGCCAUGAACAUUCCCGUGCAGAUGGUCUUUUUGAUUAUCAUUUGGGCAUUUAGUAUGGGCCAACUGCAAUACAAUGUCUGGUUCUUCUUAUCGUAUUUUGUCAUUUCGAUGGUUUGCACUUGGAUUUGCUUGAAGAUAGGCAAAUUAAUGACCUUGAUGUUUUGGAAGAUGGGAUACGAUCCCGAUAAUUAUGUAAUUCCUUACUUAACUGCUUCGAUUGAUGUAGUAGGCACUAUACUUUUAGUAGCAACAUUUAGAGCACUGACAACCACUGGUGCAACUGAUAUGGCAUUGGAGACUGUAAAAGCAGCGUCAGCAUCAGCAACUGCGACAUGA